GGGGGAAACCUCCCUUGUUUUUAACUUCUUGUAGUAAACACAUAAGCAAAAACAUUGAUUUAAUGCCAGCAUCAAAGCUGGAUAGUGGUAAUAAAUCAUGUCUGUGCUGCUGUCAUAUCAGCACAUUGUUUGAUUUGGUUAAAUAAGGCUGACAUAUCUCUACAACGUUCACUCAUCAAGCUUGACUUUGUCAGUUGUGAUACUGUUACGGCAGCUGCAUGCAUGGCUGGUGUUGCAUGCGUAGCUGCUGGAACGCUUUUGCCCUUUGUGAUUUGUUUCUACCAACGACACCCCACAGCAAAGACAUCAAGAAGGGAAAUACAGACAACAGCAGGAAGGAAGGGACACUUCACUGCAACAGUGUGAUAGGCACCAAGCCUGCACAGCAGCAAUAUGGGUUCAGUCGUAUAUGAGUUAACAGGAGGCCCAUAUGAUGAUGGGAAUUACACAGACAGCUAUGAUAACUAUACUGACAUCGAUGACAAUUACUGUGGUGCGGACAAGAUGGACAUGCAGGUGUUUAACGUCACGUUCCAGUCUGUGCUGUACAGCUUCAUCUUUCUGCUGGGAGUGGCAGGGAACGGCCUGAUGAUAACCGUCCUCCUCAGACGGGGACGAGUGCUGCGCAUCACAGAGAUCUAUCUCCUACAUCUUGCCGUGGCCGACCUCAUGCUCCUCUUCACAUUUCCCUUCAAUGUGGCUGAAACCCUCGGUGAAUGGCUGUUUGGGGAGUUUCUCUGCAAGCUGAUGGGGCUUGUGAAAAACCUCAACAUCUUCUGUGGGAGCCUCCUGCUGGCGUGCAUCGGGUUUGAUCGGUACCUGGCCAUUGUCCGUGCCAUCCCCAGCCUGCAAAGCCGACGUCCCAGAACCGUGCACCUGCUGUGCAUCUCCCUCUGGUUGGUCUGUUUGGCUUUAUCCAUCCCAAAUGUCGUGUUUCUCUCUGUGUCACGUACAAACACAUCCAAACUCACCUGUUUCUAUAGCAAUUAUGAAAUGCAUUCGAACAAUUGGGUUUUGACCAAUCGAGUCUUCGAGCACGUGUGCUUCUUCCUGCCUCUGGCUGUGAUGAGCUACUGCUACACAGCAGUGGUCAUCACUUUGCGCAGCAGUCAGAAGAGUCAAGCCACAAAAGGAGCCAUUAGACUGGCUUUGCUCAUCACCGUCAUCUUCUGCUUUUGUUGGCUGCCGUAUAACAUCACCUUACUCAUAGACACGUUGGCAGAGGUGCAGGUCAUCAAAUAUGAGAAAUGUUCCUAUUAUGUGGCCACGCAAGCAGCCGUGGACGUGACGAGGAGCCUGGGCUUCUCACACUGCUGCCUGAACCCUUUCCUCUACGCCUUCGUCGGGGUGCGGUUCCGCAAUGAGUUGAUCCAGCUGCUGUGUAAAGCGGGCUGCAGCCGCCUCUGUCUGCCGUUCACGAAGGCUCAGAGUCACAGUCGACCGUCUGUUUCUGAAGGAGUCACCACCACCAGCAGCUACGUCUUCAUGUAAGAAACCCUGGCAGAGAGUCAAGUAACAGAGAUGCUGGUGUUUUGUAUUAAACAAUACUGACAAUAUUGUACACAUUGCUUCAUUAAUUGCGUUUCAAACGUGUUUUAUUUACGCAGUCAUUUAUUGUUGACCAAAAUGUUUUUGCUUGUAUUGUAGCUACUGCUAAUUCAAUUUAAUAAAGAUUUCAUGUAUUAUACAGCAACUGUGUUCCAUUGUCAGUGUUACCAAAGAACAGUAAUUAACAACAUAGUAACCAAAAUUAACACCACCUCAGAUCAGAAUUAAUCUAUCUUUAGACUUCUAUUAAAACAGUUAUACAGACCAACUGCAAACAAUCACAAAUUGCAUCUUAUGUACAGCAAGUAUAUAUUAUAUAUAUUUAUGUUUGGUAGUUGGAGAAAAUAAAUCAGUGAUAUUAAAAAAUGAAAUCUGAGGCACUCCACUC